AUGGUUGUGGUGGUGGUGUUGUGUGUAGCUGAAACGUACUGUAGAGGCUGUCAGUUGCAGUGCGGUCAACUGCCUGAGCUGGAACUGUCACAUGGCAACCAGCCAAAGGGGCCCGUGACCACAAGUUCACCAGAGGAGGUUGACUUUGAGACCAAUAUGUGGCACAAUACAAAGAGCCGUAGCUGGGACAAAUUAGAGACCGGCCCACUGGGACAUGAUCUGCAGAUCUACAAUGAUCUCCGCUGCAGAUAUACGGCUGGGGGUGCAGAAGCUUGGACGUGGCUUAUUGUGAUGGUUCAGCCAGCAAUCCCCAUUCUGGGUCUGAAUGCUCUAUUUCCGGAUUAUGGAGACAUCUAGGGUUUCGCGAAUCUAUAGUUGAAGAGCAGCCGAAAGAUUCGGGAGGGUUCGCGAGAACUUCCGUGGUACAGUGCGGAGGGGACGUGGGGAGAAAGAGAACAGCCCCUGGAACAAUAUAUUAGCUAAUAAUUAACGAGAGCCCAAGGAGCCCGAGAG